ACGAGGAGUUAUGUAGGACUGGGGUGCGGCAUUGAGAGCACCCGGCGCGCCUUUUAUGCAAAUGAGCAGAGCGAUGGGCGUGGCCACGGGGAGUUAUGUAGGACUGGGGAGCGGCACUGAGAGCACUCGGCGCGCCUUUAAUGCAAAUGAGCAGAGCGGUGGGCGUGGCCGGCUAUGCAAACGAGCCGCGCGGGAUCCUGCCCCGCCUUUUUCCCCUCCCACACCGUGCGUGGUGACGUCAGUUCCGGCGCGGCGGGAAGAUGUCGGGGUGGCGGCUGCAGCUGGAGCCGCUGCGGGAGCCGCUGGGGCUGGUGCGGGGCCUGCAGUGGUUUUUCUCCAUCUUCGCCUUCGCCACGGUGGGCGGGUACAGCGGCGCCGUCUCCUUCCGCGUCAGCUGCUCCAACCAAUCAGACGUCACCGUCAGCGCCGCCUUCGCCUACCCCUUCCGGUUGAACCAGGCCACCUUCUGGCCCUCGUUGCCCGGGCUGUGCAACCAGACGUGGGCGCAGGACGUGCACCUGGUGGGCGACUUCUCGGGGGCGGCGCAGUUCUUCGUGGCCGUGGCCGCGUUGGCCUUCCUGGGCAGCACGGCCGCCGCCGCGCUCUACCUGGCCUACAUGCACCUGUACCGCCGCGCGGGCGCCCGCCUGCCCCUCCUGGACUUCCUGUGCACGGUGGCGCUGUCCUUCCUGUGGCUGGUGAGCUCGUCGGCCUGGGCCAAAGCGCUUGGGGACAUCAGGACGUCCACGGGCGCCCCCCUGCCCGGCUGCACCCGGGGGGGCGUCACCUGUGUCCCCAAUGGGAGCCCCCCCAUGGGGUCCCUCAAUGUGUCUGUGGUGGGUGAUGGGGACAAUGGGGACAAUGGGGGGGAAACUGAGGCACAAUGGGGACAAUGGGGACAAUGGGGGAACCCAAUGGGGGGGAAACUGAGGCACAAUGGGGGCAGUGGGGACAAUGGGGGGGACAAUGGGGGGCAGUGGGGGGGACAGUGGGGACAAUGGGGGGGAACUGAGAUCUUCGGCUUCCUCAACCUGCUCCUGUGGGUCGGCAGCUCCUGGUUCGUCUACAAAGAGACCGAGUUCCACCGCCCGGCCCCGCCCCCCACCACGCCCGCCGUGUGACCCCGCCCACCGCCACGCCCACUGCCACAUGACCCUCCCCCCCCCCCCCCCUUCCCACCCUCCCCAUCUCGAGUCCUUCCCAUCCCCCCCAUCUCAAUUGCCCCCCCUUGAUGAUUUUGGGCUGGUCUUGGGUGAGUUUUGGGUGUGGCCUCUUCUGAUUGGCUGCCGGACCGGGGAUCAGCUGUGAUUGGUGCAGGGGGAGGUGGGGACAUAGGACACGAGUUCAAACUGGGCUGGACUGGGCUCAACUGGAGCCUUCUCCGGCUUGAGCUGCGCAGGGAUUGGUUGAGUUGGCGUUGGUUGGCCAUUGGUUGGUGCACUUGACCUUCGUUGGCCAUUGGUUGGUCAAGUUGACAUUGGUUGGCCAUUGGUUGGUUCAGUUGACCAUUGGUUGGCCAUUGGUUGGUUCAGUUGACCAUUGGUUGGCCAUUGGUUGGUCAAGUUGACAUUGGUUGGCCAUUGGCUGGUCAAGUUGACAUUGGUUGGCCAUUGGUUGGUUCAGUUGACCAUUGGCUGGUCAUUGGUUGGUCAGGUUGACAUUGGUUGGCCAUUGGUUGGUCAAGUUGACAUUGGUUGGCCAUUGGUUGGUCAAGUUGACAUUGGUUGGCCAUUGGCUGGUCAAGUUGACGUUGGUUGGCCGUUGGUUGGUUCAGUUGACCAUUGGCUGGCCAUUGGUUGGUCAAGUUGACCUUUGUUGGCCAUUGGUUGGUCAAGCUGACCAUUGGUUGACCAUUGGUUGGUUCAGUUGACCAUUGGUUGGCCAUUGGUUGCUCAGGUUGACAUUGGUUGGCCAUUGGUUGGUUCAGUUGACCAUUGGUUGACCAUUGGUUGGUUCAGUUGACCAUUGGUUGACCAUUGGUUGGUCAAGUUGACAUUGGUUGGCCAUUGGUUGGUGCAGUUGACCUUCGUUGGCCAUUGGUUGGUCAAGUUGACAUUCGUUGGCCAUUGGUUGAUCCAGUUGACCAUUGGUUGGCCAUUGGUUGAUCCAGUUGACCAUUGGUUGGCCAUUGGUUGCUCAGGUUGACAUUGGUUGGCCAUUGGUUGGUCAAGUUGACCUUCGUUGGCCAUUGGUUGGUCAAGUUGACCAUUGGUAGACCAUUGGUUGGUUCAGUUGACCAUUGGUUGGCCAUUGGUUGCUCAGGUUGACAUUGGUUGGCCAUUGGUUGGUUCAGUUGACCAUUGGUUAACCAUUGGUUGGUUCAGUUGACCAUUGGUUGACCAUUGGUUGGUCAAGUUGACAUUGGUUGGCCAUUGGUUGAUCCAGUUGACCAUUGGUUGGCCAUUGGUUGGUCAAGUUGACCAUUGGUUGGCCAUUGGUUGGUUCAGUUGACCAUUGGUUGACCAUUGGUUGGUCAAGUUGACAUUGGUUGGCCAUUGGUUGGUCCAGUUGACCAUUGGUUGGCCAUUGGUUGAUCCAGUUGACCAUUGGUUGGCCAUUGGUUGCUCAGGUUGACAUUGGUUGGCCAUUGGUUGGUUCAGUUGAGCAUUGGUUGGCCAUUGGUUGGUUCAGUUGAGCAUUGGUUGGCCAUUGGUUGGUCAAGUUGACCUUCGUUGGCCAUUGGUUGGUCAAGUUGACCAUUGGUUGACCAUUGGUUGGUUCAGUUGACCAUUGGUUGGCCAUUGGUUGCUCAGGUUGACAUUGGUUGGCCAUUGGUUGGUCCAGUUGACGUUGGUUGGUCCAGUUGACGUUGGUUGGUCCAGUUGACGUUGGUUGGCCAUUGGUUGGUCAAGUUAAGGUUGGUUGGCCAUUGGUUGGUCAAGAUGACAUUGGUUGGUCCAGUUGACGUUGGUUGGCCAUUGUUUGGUCUAGUUGACGUUGGUUGGUCCAGUUGACGUUGGUUGGUCCAGUUGAUGUUGGUUGGUCCAGUUGACAUUGGUUGGGCAUUGGUUGGUCAACUUGACCUUAGUUGGCCAUUGGCUGGCCAAGUUGAUGUUGUUUGGUCUUUGGUUGGUCAAGUUGACGUUGGUUGGUCAAGUUAAGGUUGGUUGGCCAUUGGUUGGUCAAGUUAAGGUUGGUUGGCCAUUGGUUGGUCAAGAUGACAUUGGUUGGUCCAGUUGACGUUGGUUGGCCAUUGGUUGGUCCAGUUGACCUUGGUUGGUCCAGUUGACAUUGGUUGGCCAUUGGCUGGCCAAGUUGAUGUUGUUUGGUCCUUGGUUGGCCAAGUUGACAUUGGUUGGCCAAGUUGACGUUGGUUGGCCAUUGGUUGGUCAAGUUGGCCAUUGGUUGGCCAUUGGUUGGGUCGUUCUUGUGCCACCAUCUUGUCGUGGUGACCAUUGGUGCUUGGUUGGUGGCCCAGACGUGGGAUUGGUCAACAGGGUGGGGGUUGGACAUGACCUGGAUUGGCCUGUCUGAGGGUUGGUCAAGACCGAGCUUGGCCAUUGGUGGUUGGGUUGGAGCAGAUCUGGAUUGGCCUCUUCUGAUUGGCCAGGUCUGAAGCCCAGUUGGUUGCUCAGGUCAAGCUUGUGAUUGGUUGGUGGUGGUUGAAUGGUUUUGGGUUCUUCUAGGCCUGGGUUGGUCCACUUGUUGAGUAGAUCAAGACCUUCUGGUGGUUGGUUGGUUGGUCCAAUCACUGAGUAGAUCAAGACCUGGUAGCUGAUUGGUCCAGUAGUUGAGUUGAUCAAGAGCUUCUGGUGGCCAAUCGGUCCAAUCAUUGGGUAGAACAAGACCCGAUGGCCAAUCAUUGAGUAGAUCAAGACCUUCUGGUGGCCGGUUGGUCCAAUCAUUGAGUAGAUCAAGACCCGAUGGCCAAUCGUUGAGUAGAUCAAGACCUUCUGGUGGCCGAUUGGUCCAAUCAUUGAGUAGAUCAAGACCCAAUGGCCAGUUGGUCCAAUCAUUGAGUAGAUCAAGACCCAAUGGCCAAUCAUUGAGUAUAUCAAGACCUUCUGGUGGCCGGUUGGUCCAAUCAUUGAGUAGAUCAAGACCCAAUGGCCAAUCAUUGAGUAGAUCAAGACCUUCUGGUGGCCAGUUGGUCCAAUCAUUGAGUAGAUCAAGACCUGGUGGCCAGUUGGUCCAAUCAUUGAGUAGAUCAAGACCCAAUGACCAAUCAUUGAGUAGAUCAAGACCCAAUGGCCAAUCACUGAGUAGAUCAGGGCCUCCUGCUCUCCGAUUGGCCAGCCGUUGGCUUGGCCUCUUCCACUUGACUCCCCAUUGCCACCAACGGCCACUGUGACCCCCCCCCCCGAGUUGUCCCCUCCCCCUCCACCCUCUCAGGGCUCCACCCAUGGGUGUCGGUCACCCCAUGUGCCCCACCCCCCCGUGGCCCCGCCCACCCUCGGGGGCGGGGCCCGACACCAUCACACUCCCAUUGGUGGCCGCAGCCUGUGGCACCCAUGGGUGUCAACGUUCAGGUCACCCCCUCCGGUGCGUCCCCUCCCCCCCACCUCCUCCCCAUCGGGGGGGUCCCCGUCCCCCCCUUAUCCGCGGCUCAAUAAAGACGUGAUUGGUAGAA